UCGCGCAAGACGCCCUCUAAAGGCCCAGGCAAGCGAACAAGACGGGAGGGGAUUUCCAGGCGGAUCAGUGUUUCCUUUACUUGUUUUGCUUUCGAUCUGGACGCUGAGCAAAGCCAAGUUAAGUUUUAGUUUUGUUACUGGGCAUUAGAAACUUAAGUGAGAGUGAAUCAAAGGUUUUUCGAAACAAACUUUCCGUACUUAUUAAGAAUCAGUGCCCGCGGAUCUUCUGCAAAGAACAGGCAUUUUCUACCAGCUAUCUUCUUUAGGGAUUCUCUUUCAUACUCAAGUGAUGUAAGACAAAACAUCUUUUAUUGUUGGCGUUCAAGACAUUAGAAAAAAUAAUAAAUGGAAACCUAGAGUGCAACCAAAAAAAAAUACUUGGCCUCAGGAUAACCCACCUGUGUUAAAAGACACAUCAGGACGAUCUACUGGGUUCCUUCAGGCUAUACCACAGAACAGACAGCAAGAAGGACCCACUAAAUGUUUGCCUUUGUUUUUGAGUUUACAUUAGUUUUUAGUCAUCAUGCCUGUUGAACGAAUGCGAAUGCGUCCUUGGCUAGAAGAUCAAAUAAAUUCAAGCAAAAUACCAGGCUUAAAAUGGUUAAAUAGGGAAAAGAAGAUUUUUCAGAUUCCUUGGAUGCAUGCAGCUCGCCAUGGAUGGGAUGUGGAUAAAGAUGCCCCUUUAUUUAGAAAUUGGGCCAUUCAUACAGGAAAAUACCAGCCUGGAGUAGAUAAGCCAGAUCCAAAGACAUGGAAAGCCAAUUUCCGUUGUGCAAUGAACUCUUUGCCUGACAUUGAAGAAGUUAAAGAUAAAAGUAUUAAAAAGGGUAGUAAUGCAUUUCGAGUCUACCGAAUGCUAACACUAACAGAACGACCUACCAAAAAAGGAAAGAAAAAAGUAGACAAAGACGAACCAAUGAACAUCAUUAAGAUGGAGUUGCCUAAUACUACAUGUGAAAGAACUAAUGGAGAAGCGGAUUCUAAGUCUGACAUGAAAGAAGAGAUGCGGGAGCAGUGUUCUGAGAGCACUAUUCCAGAGUUCAGCCAGACGACAUCCCACAGUGUACUGGAAGACCAAGUGAUCUUCACCAACCCACCCGAUGUAUGCCAGGUAAUUGAGGUGAUAACGGAAAGUGAAGAUCAGUCAGUGACUUCCAGUCAUCCCUAUCCGUUACAGAUCUCACCAGUUUCUUCAUAUGCAGAAAGUGAAACUGACAGCGUACACAGUGAUGAAGACACUAAAGAAGGUAUCCGAAUAUGGCAGACUGGUGGAGUGGAAGGGAAGCCUUUCUUAAACAACAAAGGAAUUAUCAGCAGCACUUGCCAGUUGCCAAGCAUGGCCACCUUUGUGACAACUGGAAAGACCAAUUUUAAAGUGAUCAGUAGUCGAGAAGAGUCUCCCUUAAUUGCCUACAGCUCCACUCCAUGGACAGCCCUUUCAGAAACAAUCCCCCAGCAGGCUGCACUCAGCUCCUCAGUGAACCGACCAGGCCAUGAGACAAGGGCCAGCGUCAUUAUGAAGACAUCAGACAUUUCCAAAUCCAGGGUAAAAACUUGCUGAGCCAGUUCUUUCUUACUUUAUUGCUUCAGGAAAACUAUCUGAUCAGCUCUUAUUCAGGCAGUGCCAUUUUUGGAUGGUAAGAGACAAAAGCCUUCCUAGGUUGCCUGAUCAAAGGUGUUGUUUUCUUUUUAUCAAAGUACACAGGUCCUGGUAACCUGGCUGCCUGAUUCGAUUACUUUCUAGAGCUCAGGAUAGCACAUCUGACAUGGGAAUGCCACUGAAAUCUACUGCAGUUCAUGUUUUAUUUUAUUAGACAGUCUUAAAAGUGAAGACUGUUGUCAUAUUUUUACCAAAAGGAUGACAUAUAUGUGAAGGUUUCCACAUUGGUCAUUGUGCAUUGUUGUAAGAAAGGGAAUGUCUCUGAAUUAAGGAAGACACUGUGAAUUAUUGGUAUACCAAGAGAAAAUGUUGUGAAUAUGUACAUAGUGUGAUACUGGUAUAAUUGCAGCUGGCUUCAGCACCUUAUUGAAAGCACUUCUACAGCAUAUGGCACCAUAGGCACUUCCACAACUCAUCCUACGACGUUUGGAACCUUGAGUAAGUAAAAGUUUCUGUGGAGGAGACUGCUGUGUAAUGCUGAAAACUGUGCUGGUUUUAACUGUUUGUUUUUUUUCGUUUGUUUCUUAAAAACAAAAAGCAGGAUUGUAAAAAAAAAAAAAAAAAAAAAAAAAAAGAUUUUUUUUUCUAAAAAAGUAUGUAAAACUAAUAUGAAAAAAUGUGAUGACAUCAGCUACUUCUAAUCUUUACUGCAAACCUUUUGCAGGGGUACUCAAUCACGGUCCUGGAGGUCCGCAGUGGCUGCAGGUUUUUGUUCUAACCCGGUUGCUUAAUUAGAAAGCAAUUCUUGCCAAUAAUUUAAUUUCAUGGCUCGUAAGUGCUUUUACUCUGCUAUGUCAGGUCAUUCUCAUAUCCUGGAUUUUCUUCCUCUUUCUAAGGAUAUCAUCCGAAUGAUCUGAACGCUAAAAUGGAUGAGUGAUUCUUAGUCCUUCACUUUUUUCUCUUCACUUUCCUUCCAAAUAUUUAAUUAAACCUAUUAGUGCACGAUAAAUACACACAGGUGUAAAUGGUAACAAGCUAAAUGGAGAAAUGCUGGUCUCUUUUGUCAUUUGCAUGUUACUGCUAAUAAGGAACAAUUAAAAACCAAGACUACAGCUGUUUAAGACUAAAAUAAGCAAUAAGGGUUCAAAAUCUUAACGAGCGAGACAACUAAAGUGAAGCAGAAGUGUUACUUGAGCAGUAAGUGCUUCUUAUUAAGCAAUUGGGUUGGAGCAAAAACCUGCACCCACUGCGGACCUCCAGGACCGUGAUUGAGUACCCCUGCUUUAUAGUUUUAUUUUGUCCUUUUUUAUUAAAGGGAAUACUUUAUUCAGGGUGAAUCUUAUGUAAAGGUUUUAUCUUUUCUACCAAAAAGUGUGUUUGAUUUUAAUUCAUAAUUAGACAUUUUACUGAAAUUAAAUGGCACAUUUCUUUUCUGAUUUUUGUAAUAGUGUACAGUUGGUAUGACCUUCUAAAUGAUUUAUAUAUAGUAUAUGAAAUAUAUAUAUACAGUAUAUAUAUAUAUAUAUUGCUAUUAAUCCUGUGGAUCAAUAAAUAUGCAAAGCUUAAUUAAAGUGUUUGAUUACAGCUCUAAUUACCCAUGGAGUAGCAUUUCUUGCAGCUCGAAAUGGUUGCUCGAGAGUGACAAAGCACAAUCAUUAGAUCAGCCUUUGCUUUCUGCUGUGUGCCUUAACAGACCAUCCUGUAGCAGUGUGACGGAAAUAUGAGCAGGACAAGAAAAUACUGUAUAUACAAAACCGAAGAAGAGAUGUUUAUUUUGUUCAUGAUUGGUGAAUUGUCAGUCAUCAGGUUAGUUAGCCAUCUUUUGGAAAUAAAGAUUGGUAUGAGUGAACUAA